UUGAGUUCAAAAACAGCUCCCAGACUUUCAGUUAACGGGUGGUUGGAAAACCACCCCAACUUCGAAGAAGGACCUGGCAAAGAAAUCCAAGCACGAAGAAAAUAAUAAUGACAGUCUUUAGUCUCCCAUUACUGGGCAAGGAGCUGAGAAAAACUAUCCCAAAUCAGCGAAUAAUGGCAUGUUGUUUGGAUGUCUGUGCUCCCAGGAGCAGGAAUGAUGCAUUACAUCCGCUCUGGAAAAGCCAGUUGUCGAUUCCAGGAGGCACUCGACAAUCUCCUAUCCGUAUCCAGUGGAGAGACAGUGUCUACGACCCUCACCUGAAACACUUGAAAAUUAACUAUGAUCCAUCUCGCUGCCGCCGUGUCUGGAACACCGGCUACUUGUUCCAGGUUGAGUUUGAUGAUUCCACUGAGGAGUCAGGAAUUAGUGGAGGACCCUUGGGCAACCAUUACAGACUAAAGCAGUUCCAUUUCCACUGGGGAGCCGUAAAUGACUGGGGCUCAGAACACUCAGUGGACAAUCAAGUCUACCCAGCAGAGCUGCACUUAGUACACUGGAAUCCUGUCAAAUACAGAAGUUAUGAAGAAGCUGUAAUGGGAGAAAAUGGUUUGGCUGUAAUAGGAGUAUUCUUGAAGCUGGGAGCACAUCACAGAGGACUCCAGAAGUUGGUAGAUGUGUUACCAGAAAUUAAGCAUAAGGGUACUCAGGUUGCCCUUGGCCAAUUUGAUCCAUCUUGCCUCUUACCUUCCUGUCUGGAUUAUUGGACGUACUCGGGGUCUUUGACCACCCCACCACUUACGGAAUCGGUUACUUGGAUAAUUAAGAAAAAAGCCAUAGAGGUUGAUCAGAAUCAGUUGGCAGAAUUUCGGAUGCUCCUGUUUUCUGCCCUGGGUGAGGAGGAAAAGAAGAUGGUAAACAACUUUCGCCCACUUCAGCCUUUGAUGAAUCGGACCGUCCGUUCGUCUUUCCAAAAGCAGCGUACAUGAAGCAAGGAAACAAAAUCUCAAAUCAUUCUUCAUAAACCAACUUAAGGAACUGGCCUUACAUGGACAAUGCAAUAUUUGAAUUUCUAAACCACCAUCAGAAGAAGUAAGGAGAUGUCUGUGAAAAGAGCUUAGUUGCUUCAAACAAUUUGUCUUAUAAAUUGAACAAAUGUGAUCUGGCAUUAUUAAAAAAAAAUGAACGAA